GCUGGGAACCACGAAGGCCGCUUGGAAACUCCGGCUUGAGUCAGGACUCAGCAAGCGCCCGCCUACUAGUCAUGAGGUUUCGGACCCGGAGCCUCAUUGCAGACCUUGAAAUAGAGUCGCACUCCAUCGUUACACAUUGCCACUUACCACCAUCAUCAUAUCCAAAGCCAUCAUGUCCACAGCAACAAGACUGCUCUAUCAGAACGUUAUGGGUGUCGACAGUGGAACGCUGUCGGUCCACAUUAUAUCUGAAUUAGGCUUAAACGAAGAGCAAAAUCAGUUACGUAGUCUGUUAGAAAGGAACGAGGGACGUGCCCUUGGCCUUGCUGGCGGAUUUGCGCCCACUGGAGAGCUCGUGAUGCUUGCAAUCGCCGACACGUCCACCAUUGUCAUCGUUGAAUUCGAGUUAAAGAAGAGCAAGGGCAACGAACACGAUGAACGCCCUGUCACACCCACCAGUAAGGCAGACACUGCCGCUCGGGUAUUUUUGACACAGAACCUCCUCCGUCGCACCACCGGAUUCUUAUACGCAUUCGACAUUGCACCAAUCGCUCUAGCUUUAUCUCAAACAUUUGAUCUUCGAAUCGCAAAUGCGAUCAAUGUGCAGAGCGCAGGAUCGAAAACACGUGCCCCACUUGCCACCGUUAAACAGGCCAUUGGUGAUCUUCAUCGUGUAUAUGAUGAAAACAUCAACAACAUAUUCCGUGAUGAUACCAUCAUCGAUCAUCUCCUCGCUACCAAGAAUGGCACUAGUUCACUUGCACAACGUGCAUGGAUCGCACAUUAUAUUUCGCAACUCCCAACCAUGGACGAUCGUCUUGCGCAAGUGCCCCCAGUGGACACCUUCCGACUCUCGGAUGAGGCACUAGAAUUUCUUGCGAAGAGCUCGAAGGAUUCGUUCCAGCUCGAGCAGAAGAAACCGACCGAGGUCACGCGCCAGUUUGCCACUUCUAUCGACCAUAAGCACAACCACAUCAAUGCACAAGCUGACAGAUACCAAAACAAAAUUCGUAAGGGCCAGCAUCAGCGUGCAUUCAUUGAUAUUGGCGGCCGCGGCGGGCGGGGCUUCACCGUUGACGGUCAGGUUGCCAAGUCUAAGGGUCGCACCGCGAAACUCGCUACCACCAACAGUCUCAGUUUCGUUGGCAAGAUAAUCGGCUCGAUCAAGAUUGUCGGCCGUGAUGACCCUACGCAGGCUGAGAUCCAGCGUGCCCAGAAGGUUCUAGAGAUCCUUCAAGGUCUCAUCAACCUCGAGCACGACAACCCAUGGGUUCAGCUAAUAUUCUUUUCGUCUCCCAGGGAUGACUUCCAAUGGCCCUCCGCCUGGACGGAGGAGGCGAACGAUGCGGAUAUUGUCAAAUUCCGUGCCGACCGUGUCAGUCGCCCCCUCAAUCCAUCCCAGACGAAAGCUGUGAAGCAGAUGCUCCAGCAGUCGAAUGAUGGGCGUCUUACUGUCAUCCAGGGGCCCCCUGGAACCGGUAAGACCACUGUCAUCGCCUCAUUUGUUCAGACUGCCCUUGACGGUGGACUCUCUGGCAUUUGGCUCAUUGCCCAAUCCAAUGUUGCCGUCAAGAACAUUGCCGAGAAACUCGCUGACUUUGGCCUGACCAAGUGGAAGCUUCUCGUCUCGAAGGAAUUUUUCGAAUACUGGUCAGUCCUUUUACUGGUGGUCUUUCCCCUUUAGGCAGACUGACAUAAUCUAGGCACGAGCACCUCUAUGCUAACAUUCGGGCCAAUAUCAUCAUAUCCGAGGACUUCUCCGCGCCAGGUUUUUUUAAGGAACUCCAGUCCACCCCGGUCAUUCUAUGUACCUUGUCUAUGCUCUCAUCUUUCGCUCUUCAAAGGUGUGGAGGCUUUAAAGCCGCGCCACUCAGGACCCUCGUCAUUGACGAAGCGUCCCAAA